AUGCAGAACAGCACUACGGCCACUGCUCAAUGGGAGGAUAAUUUUACUGGCUUUAACGAACCGACGGCAGCAACUGUUGAGGAUUCUUGCAGUUAUUACAAAGAUCUAUUUACUCGGGUGGAUCGGUACUUCAGAGAUGAAGCCGUACUGCCCAACAGCCAGUAUGCACCUGCUAAGCUUGGUCUAUUCAUUACAAUCGCCUAUAUUGUGGUUAUUGUUUUUGGUACCUGUGGUAAUUUCUUAACAAUUUGGGCUGUUGCUCGGUAUCCACAGAUGCGUACAACAAGAAAUUUUUUUAUUCUUAAUUUAGCUUUAUCCGACUUUUUUGUAUGUAUUAUAACAGCACCUAUAACUUUGUACACUGUUUUACAUGUUUUUUGGCCAUUUGGUAAAGUGUCUUGUAAAUUAGCGGGUUCACUACAAGGAUUCGGAGUUUUUCUUUCAACUUUUUCUAUAACGGCUAUUGCAUUUGAU